GGGGAGUACGUGCUUUCUGUCUGUUAAAUACAAAUAAAUUCGUGUCGGAAUAGAAAAAAGUUUUGUGACUAGAGUAGAUGUUGUGUUUAUUCUGAUACUUGCCAAGGAAAUAGAGACAGUAUUUUAUCAAGGCGCUUAAAGUUUACGGACUGUUUCUGCCCUGAAGGUUAUAUAGGAAAUGGGUUGUUUGCACUGCACGUGUUAUUUGAUCAUCCUUACUAUUUGUAUAGGUCAAGGAGAUGGGCGUUGGAAGAAAAAAGAAAGAAAAGAAAAUCUUCAACACGAUAUUGAAGCAUUCAGAAAGAUGGCUGAUAUAAUCGAAGGAGAGAUAGAAGCUUUUUACGACGUGUACCCAGACGAGAGGCUUAAGGGAGAUAAUGUUGAUAGAAUACACUACAAAUAUGAACCAAACACAUGGAGUCGCAAUUUACCGAGAACGAACGCGAACAAAGAGGAGCGAAUAAAACUGUAUGUACAGUCUGCCAGCAGUGAUGUACCUUUUCCACGUUUGCACAAGGAACGUAUUACAAACGAGACGGAAACGAAUAGACAUGUAUUUUUCAGAAAUGAUAUCAGUGUUACGCAUAAUGAACCGAAACGUAACACAAAUUGGCCAAAAUUUGAAGACAUUCUAAUAACGAUGGGAAAGAAAUACGAUUGGAAAAACGAUCGAUGGAUAAAAGUAAAAGAAAAAUUAAAAGAAUCACGGAUAAAAAACAAUAUAGACUUUCAUGAAAAACAUAAGUUCAGUUAUAGGAUAGUGAAAUUGACUAGAAAUAAAAGUAGAAGAAAUAUUGUCGUUGCAGUAUCAGCAGUGAGAUAGACAAAGAGAGAGAUUUUAAGCUGUGAUUGAAGAACUAACAACGUCGUAAAAACUAUUUUUGGUAGACUUCGGGACCAAAAAAGUGAAAUCGUUUAUCAAAAAAGUGGAAAUUAUAAUACGCUAUUUCUUUAUCGGUUACUUUAUUGAUACACGUAUCAGUUUUUUAGGAUAUCCUGGGCCUAAUUGUGUUCUUAAUAAUUAUUUGUAAUUAGAGAGCCAAGUGGAACGCAAUGUAAUAAUAAUGAUUUAUUAUUACGAAAAGGAAUUCAUAAACUUAGCAAAGACUGUGAUUUAACUUCGAUGUAAUUCUAGAGGUAACUAUGUACGUAUAUGUUAUGUAACAGGUUGAUAAUAACUGUUAUAGAGAACUUUUUCAUAAAUGAAGUUCAUAUAACAUAUUUAACAUGUUCAAACAAAUUAGCAAUAUAAAUACACUGUGAAAAAUUUUUACACUUCUUUUCUGACGUUGAACAUUUAUUUUACAUGAAUAAUAAAAUUAUUGUAAUAUAAUAAUUCUUUCUCACAUAGUUGAACUAAGUGCAAAUGGAUACAAAGGUUAAUAAACAUAGAAACAAAGGUACAAUCUUAUAAGCACCGUAAUAAUUCAAGUUAAAUCAAUGAAGUCAAAAUCUCUAUUUAUGGAGGUCUAUUGCAGACUCUUAUGAUAUGUCAAAUCUACCGUCUGUUCAGAGUGCUUAUGAAUAACUCACAAGAAACUCAAGUCUUAUUCUUUUUAAAUGAGUUUUUUUACAUUAUUAAAUAUAAUAUUAAAACAUUAACAAAAUUAUAUAUUCAUUUUUAAAUUCAAUUAUGGAGAAUAUAGUAACCACCAGCAUAAGCUAUUGCAUUUUGUCAAAAAUAAGUAAUAUAAUCAGUAGCCGUAACCCAAACAGACCAAAUUCCGAUGGAUCUAAUUAAUUCUGAAUGAAUCAUUAAUUAUGCAAUUAUAAAAGCAGUAGAACUAGAUACCUUCCCUUAAAAGACAGUUGUAAACGAAAUGUAAUAUGCAAUAUUAUAUGCUAGUAUUUCAUUCUCAAUUUCAUAUUUAUUUAAUUUUUUUUCAAUGAAAAUUAAUUUAAGCUCCCCGUUAAAGUAAUAGACACACAAUAUCAUAAUCUGUAUGUGAAGUCCCUUUGUACCUAUUAUACGCCUAGAACAUACAACACAGGAGGUAUGUGAUAUUGUUGUCAUUUUGCUGUCUAUCCAAUCGUAUAUAUCUAGGUAUAUAUUUUAGUAUUAGAAACAGGAAAGAGUGAUAAUAUAAUUUCGUAUAAAAUGUUAACAUCAGAACGAAAUCGGAAUUGGAUAUUCAAAUAAUUUUU